AUGAAGGAACUGGGGAUUGAACCAGAUAGGAAAGUUUACAAUGCAGUCAUUCAUGCUCUUGCGAAGGGUAAGCUUGUGAAUGAAGCUUUCAACCUCAUGAAAACAAUGGAGGAGAAGGGCGUUGCUCCCAACAUUGUCACGUACAAUUCACUAAUUAAACCUUUAUGUAAGACAAGGAAAGUAGGUGAGGCUAAAGGGGCAUUUGAUGAUAUGUUAAAGCGCGGCUUAUCUCCAACUAUACGCACUUACCAUGCUUUCUUUCGCAUUUUAAGGACAGGGGAAGAAGUGUUUGCCCUGUUGGAGAAGAUGAGAAAGAUGGGAUGCCAACCAACUAAUGAUACCUACAUAAUGUUGAUUAGGAAAUUUUGCCGGUGGCGUCAGCUUGAGAAUGUCUUCAAGUUGUGGGAUGAAAUGAGUGAGAAUGGGAUAAGUCCUGAUCGUAGCUCAUAUAUUGUGCUAAUUCAUGGGCUCUUCUUGAAUGGAAAGUUGGAUGCCGCCCACAAGUAUUACACAGAAAUGAAGGAAAAACAGCUAUUACCCGAACCCAAGAUAGAUGAAAUGCUUCAGACUUGGUUGUCUAAUAAGCAAAUAGCAGAGGGUCAGAUGACAGAAUUGACUGGUAAUCAACUCGAUUGCGGCCAUUCAGGCGACCAAACCAGAGGCAUCCCUAAGAGAAGUCAUGAAAGAAAUUUCCUCCGACAACCUGAAACGAGAAAAGUUGUAAGAGAGCGAGGCUUUUCCUUUUGGGAGCCGUAG